GUCUCCGCCUCCAAAGAAGCGAAAGAAGUCGGAUGACUCAGAGCAGAAGAAGUCCGACGAUUCGGAGGAAGAGGAGGAGUCAAAGAAAGAAGCAAAGAAGGCCGAACCGGAGGACUCCGACGAGGAGGUAGAGCAGAUCAUCAGCAAGAAGAAGAAAGCUGCGAAGAAGGAUUCUGAUGACGAGUCCGAGGAGGAGGAGCCCAAGAAGAAAAAGAAGAAGCACAAGAAGAAGUCGGAGGAUUCGGAGGAAGAGGAGGAGACAAAGAAGAAGAAAAAGAAAGAGAAGAAAAAGUCGGAAGAUUCGGAGGAGGAGGAAGAAGUGAAGAAGAAAGAUGAUGAGAAGGAGAAGAAGGACAAGAAGAAGAAG